AUGAACGGCACUCCCCGACUUCGAUCCGCCUUUCCCCAAAGUCCGCAGACUCAAGGCCGCGAUCGACGGAGACAAACCGAAUCCCCGGCCAUCAAAGGACCUCAGAAUGUGAGCGUGAUGACUGGUCCGCGCCCUGCGCAACCCGGACAGGGUCCUCUGAUUCCCACCGACGUGAUUGAUGCACCAUCGCAACGAUUCUAUGUCGCGGCACUCUACAUUGCGCUUGGAGCGUGGAGGAUAUACGACUCGAUGGGAGCUGCUAAUGAGCUGGAUUCGACGUGGUUGUUUCUCAAAUGGAAUUUCAUUGACGGAGUUUUGUUGUUUGGUAUCCAGACUUUGAGAGUGCCUUGGUUAGAAUGGACUUUUCCAACUUUCCUGGCCAUCUUCCUGCUCCAUGCGGCUACUAAUGUCUUUUUGAUGUUUCGCAUACCGCUACCGCUCGGAGCAUGGGGAGGUAUUGUGUACAAAGCAUUUUAUGACCGAGAAAUGUCUAUAUCGGGGGACAGAGUUAAACCUGGGGAUAUCCUUCAUAAUUCGUCGUUAAUUUUGGGCAAACAGAUCAUCCAUAUCCUUCCAGAAGGAUCAGCCGUACUGAACCCUGACGGAAUACCUCUGUGUCUCAACUCGCAACAGACUUCUGUUGCCCUUCCCAUUCGUGUCAACCAGUCAACCCCGGUAACUAUCGACAUUCUCCGUUACGAUUUAGCUACUGGACAAAACGAAACCAUCAACAUAUCCAACAAACAGCUCAGGCAGAUGAGAAAGCAGGCAGGCGAACCGUCUUCAGUUGGACACCUCGACCUUCAUUUUCCUAUCAAGAAGACAGGCAUAUAUCGCCUAGCUAGAGUUCUGGAUGAGUCUAAGCUUGAAGUUCAAACCAAAGCGUCCGACACGUUGGUCCCAACCUGUCCUAGAGCGGUCCCAAAAAACACGUUUGCCGAUAAAUGUAAAAGCGACUUGUCUGAUAUUACUCUCGAAGUUGAAGGAGUGGCGCCACUCAAAGUGAAAUACAGUCGCAGGAUCAAUGGGUUCGAUGGUGGAUUUUCUUUUCAAAAUGUACAUGCCGAAGGCGCCUUAGUUCCGAUAACCGGUCGAAAGCAGCCCAGCAUUCUCAUCGAUCCCAAACAGCAAGAUCCUCCUUUCUGGGCACAGACCGCGAAUCUGCGCAUAGCGUUGAAUGAGACAUUGGAUGCGGGUGGCGAUUGGGUCUAUACCAUCGAAGAAGUCCACGACGCUCAAGGUAAUGUCGCCAACUAUUCGUCUUACUUGGAUGACACGGAUCGAGCAUCGUUGAAAAACGUGCUGCAAUGGCAUCAAUUCUCGGUUCACGAGCGACCAAGACUCUCAAUGGUCGGCUGUAACGCUCAGAAAUUCCUUCAGAUUGCGAAAGGAGAAACCACCGAAUUGCCAUUGCACUUUCAUUCCACUGGAAGGGACUAUAGCGACGAUGCGCCCUUCCAGGUCACUUAUUCGUAUUCUCCGGAAGAUUCAGUUGGAGAGACCGAUGUUUCGAAAAUUCUGCAAGUUUCUCUGAAGACAUCAGAGACCCGGCCAAAAAUCAAAGAGCCUGGAUGGUAUUCUUUGGAUUCUGCGUCAAGCCGUUUCUGCCGCGGAGAAAUAUUGGAGCCUUCGUCUUGCUUGUUACACAAUCCUCCGGAGCCGGAACUGUCUUUACGACACGAAAAGAUUUUUGACAAAUGUGCCAACAACUCGGUUGGUCUUCUCGUCGAUUUGGACAUGAUUGGAUCUCCUCCAUUCCGUAUUCGAUAUGUCAUUGAGAGCGAUAAAGGUACAGAAACCUUUUCUGAGGUUAUAAACGGACUUCGGGGACAGCUGGACUUUACACCAACCCACGCGGGUCGCUAUCGAUACCGGUUCUUGGAUAUUGCCGAUAGUGUUUACGGCCCACGGCCAUUCAAAGAAAAAAUGCAAGUCCUGGAGCAAGAUGUCAAACCGCAAGCAUCGGCGCAACUUUUGGGUACACACAAACCACAGCGAACCUGUUUUGGCGAGUCAGCCACCGUUGGUGUCUCUUUCAUUGGCGAGACUCCGUGGACCUUACACUAUGAGGUCGUGCACAACGGCAAGAAAACAAAACACGAGAUCGAAAGCCAUGAAUCCGUUGCAACUAUUGUGACCGAGCCACUGUACAGUGGUGGAGAGCACAUUAUCUCACUGACUGGUGUGACGGACCGUACAGGUUGCAAGCGCGCUCUGAAAGACAGCGCAGUCGUCCAUGUUCGCCCUAAAAAGCCUCAAGCUGCUUUUGGCUUCAUCGAGGAGAAGCGGACCACACAAGAUCUGGAAGGCAACACAGUGCUAUUACCGCUAAGACUAAGUGGGCAAUCACCUUGGAUCGUGAAAUACCGCAACUUAGAUGCCAACCCUGGUCGUCUGUUAGAAAAGAAGAUCUGGGAUGAGAAUGGAGCCAUACCAGUAGCGCAGAGCGGAGUAUAUGAACUUGUCGAAGUCUUCGAUGCCACUUGUCCAGGGAACAUCGAGCAAUCUGCUAGUACCUUUGAGAUCAAAUGGCUUCCUCGACCUGUAGUAUCUGUGUCUGGACGCACGGGUGUUGGUGAGAAUGUGUUGAAACGUAGUGUCUGUCAAGGAGACGAUGACAUCUUGGAAUUGAAGCUGCAAGGCAAGGCUCCCUUCAACGUCAAAUACGAACACCAACGCGACCACAGCAAUUCGAAAGCAAGGAAUUUAAAAAGCACGUCAAAUGUGGCAUCGUUGGAACUCGACACGUCGAAACCGGGCAACCACGUUUACAAGUUCACGGGUAUCGCAGAUGCGCUUUACGAUGCUGAUAAAUCGGAGAGCCCUGUCAGUAUCUCACAGACUGUCAAUGCGUUACCAUCCGCUCGCUUCGAGUCGCCUGGACAUAUUUACGCAUUUUGCAAGGAAGAUAGUGAAGGUGACGAGUUGAUCCCUAUUGUACUGGAAGGGCAACCCCCAUUCUAUCUUGAUAUAUCCAUUAAGCAUCAUUCAAGUGCAAAGCCUGAAGUGGUGCCCGUUGGCCCAAUCCACAGUCACAAACACAAACUCCCUAUACCCCGUCGGCAUCUAGAACUCGGUCAACAUGUUGUCAGCAUCCACCGAGUUGGCGAUUCUCUCGGAUGUCAGCGAACCUUUGAAAAGGACCAAUCGUCUGUGCGUGUCGCAGUCUCGGAUGUCCCUACCAUCAUUCCCCUUGAAUCUCAGGCAGAUUAUUGUGUCGGAGAACGUCUCUCGUUCUCGCUCUCAGGACACGCACCAUUCGACGUCUUUUAUACCUUCGAAGGUGUCAAAAGAAAGGCCUCUUCAUCGACGACCACAUUCCGACGCAUCGCAGAAAAACCAGGUGUAUUCACCAUCACAGCAGUAAGUGACGGCGCUAGUGGCCGCUGUCAAGCCCACAAGAAUAUCACCAAGGUCAUCCACGAGAUGCCCAGCGUGCGAAUCAGCAGAGGCCGAGAAAGCAUCGUUGAUAUCCAUGAAGGCGGAGAGGCGGAGAUCCAAUUUGAAUUUGGAGGAACUCCGCCAUUCGAAUUUACAUAUACACGAAGCUCCAACGCCCGAAAAGGCAAACCAGCCGAAAUCCUCGACAUCAAACACGACAUUUCCUACGAAUACAGAAAGACCAUCAAGACAUCCGACGAAGGAACCUACGAAGUAGUCGCAAUCAAGGAUAAGUAUUGCUCCUUCUCGACGCAAAAGGCAUCCGCAAAGAUUGCGAAACAACCGACAAAGAAAUUGAUUACGAAUUAA